GUUCACAGUUGUCUUGGACAGACACCCAGAUAACUCCGGCAAAGAAAAAGCAAAGGGAACAGUUUGCAAGGGAAAUAAGGAAAGUUGCUGAGCGAUCCGAAGACAGUUCCGAGCACGAUUCCGGUAAUGGACCUCGCGUUGUAGUAGGAUUCGUGGGUUUCUCCUUUUUAUUGAUCCGGUUGAAGUACUCCAACCCAGUCAAAUUAUCAAACCCUAGCCUCAGAAUAGCAGUGUGACAGCAAUGGAUCUACCACGAACAACCUCAGGGAAUGCUGAGGACAAUGUUGGGAUUCCAGAUGAUUUACGUUGCAAGAGGUCAGAUGGGAAACAGUGGAGGUGCACUGCAAUGUCUAUGCCGGACAAAACUGUGUGUGAAAAGCACUAUAUCCAGGCAAAGAAGAGGGCUGCCAAUUCUCAAAUGAGAGCAAAAAAGAGGAAAUCUAUAGGUGAAGCUGAUAUUUUCUUAGAGAGUAAAAGUGAUGAAUUCGAUGUUCCACUUGUGAAUAGAAAAGUUGAAGAUUUUCCUCUUUCGGUUUCCAUGAAGAAGUAUAAAGAGAAGGUACCAAAGAAUCAAAUUCAAUAUUCACCAGAGGAACCUUCAAUAAGGAGUUUGUCAGUAGGUAAUAACGUGAAGCCUGAAGAUGAUUCACAAAGAGAUGCUACAUUAUUUGAAGAGAAUUGGAGACCAUGCAGGACACCAUCUCUUCCUGCUAUGGACUUGUCUGGGAACAGGUCACAGAGGAGCUUUGAUGAUGUUGCAAUGACAGCAGAAGACUCUGAAGAUUCUUCUGAUGAAGGGUUUGUUGGCCAAACUUGCCAUCAGUGCCGACGGAAUGAUAGAGAGAGAGUUACCUGGUGUCUCAAAUGUGAUAGGAGAGGGUAUUGUGAUAGCUGUACCUCUACAUGGUACUCGGAUAUCCCAUUGGAAGAAAUUGAGAAGGCUUGUCCUGCGUGUCGUGGUUCUUGUUAUUGCAAGGUUUGCAUACGAGGAGAUAACAUGAUAAAGGUGAGGAUACGGGAGAUACCCUUUCUGGACAAAUUGCAGUAUCUCUACUCUCUUCUGUCUUCAGUGCUUCCCAUAGUUAAAAAGAUCCACCAUGAACAGUGCACCGAAGUAGAACUUGAAAAGAAGCUUCGAGGAGUGGAAAUUGAUCUAGUCAGAGUGAAGCUGAAUGCAGAUGAGCAGAUGUGCUGCAAUAUUUGUAGGAUACCCAUAAUUGAUUAUCAUCGACAUUGUUCAAAUUGUCGGUAUGAUCUAUGCCUUAGUUGCUGUCAGGAUCUUCGUGGAGCAUCUUUGGGUGGUGCCAAAAGGGAAGUAGAAAAUGAGAGUGGUGAGAGAAGUCAAGACAAAGAAACUGCGAUGGGACAAGUAUCUGAAUUUAGACUGAAUUUGUUGGAUAAGUUCCCUGGCUGGAAAGCCAACAGUGAUGGCAGUAUUCCUUGCCCUCCUAAGGAGUAUGGUGGCUGUGGUCAUCAAUCAUUGAACCUAAACCGUAUUUUUAAGAUGAACUGGGUUGCGAAACUGGUAAAGAAUGUAGAGGAAAUGGUUAGUGGCUGUAAGGUAUAUGAUUUUGGAAGUCUACCUAAGACUGAAUUAAAUGAACCCAGUCUUUGCAGAUUUGCUGAUAGAGAAGGCAGCAAUGAUAAUUUCUUAUACUGUCCAUCCUCUCAAGUUGUUAAAGCAGAAGGGAUUGCAGAUUUUAGAAAGCAUUGGGCCAAGGGUGAACCUGUAAUUAUCAAUCAGGUAUGUGACAACUCAUCCAUUUCAAGUUGGGACCCAAUGGUUAUUUGGACAGGGAUCCGGGAGACAGCAGAUGAAAAAAUGAAAGAUGAGAACAGAAUUGUGAAGGCUAUGGAUUGCUUAGAUGGGUCUGAGGUUGAGAUUGAACUUAGUCAGUUUAUCAAAGGAUACUCAGAGGGACGAAUCCGUGAGAAUGGUUUGCCAGAAAUAUUGCAGUUGAAAGAUUGGCCUACCCCAAGUGCUUCUGAAGAGUUUUUGAUGUACCAGAGACCUGAGUUUAUCAGUAAACUGCCUCUACUUGAGUACAUACAUUCCAGAUUGGGUCUUCUAAAUGUUGCUGCAAAACUGCCUCAUUACUCAUUGCAAAACGAUGUAGGACCUAAGAUCUAUAUUUCAUAUGGGACCUACAAAGAACUUGGUGGAGGGGAUUCAGUGACCAAUCUCCAUUUCAAAAUGCGUGACAUGGUAUAUCUAUUGGUGCAUACAUCUGAAGUAAAGCUAAAAGGUCAGGAAGAGACAAACAUGGUUAAGAUACAACAUUCUAAUAAAGAGUCUGAGGUGAAUGAGUCACUGGGGGAUCCUGAAACACAGUCAGAUGAGAGAAGGUUACCUGAUUUAUCUGUUGCUGAACCUGAGACAGAUAAUGAAUCUGGGAUUAAGUCUCUUAGAGAUGAAGAUGAGAAAAUGGAAGAGGAUCAAGGAACUAAAAACGUUAGUGUUGGAGAUGAAACUGUAAGUUUUGAAAAGUUGAAUGGAGAUAGUGGGGUGUUCUUGGAAAUGACUCGUCCAGGAGCUUCUUGGGAUGUCUUCCGUCGAGAGGAUGUUCCAAAGUUAGUUGAGUAUCUGCAAGUGCAUUGGAAGGAUUUUGGGAAGUUUAACAGUGCAAAAAUCAAUUUGGUAUCACAGCCUCUGUAUGAUGAAGUGUUGUUUCUGAAUGAGCAUCAGAAGAGAAAAUUGAAGGAAGAAUAUGGAGUUGAGCCAUGGUCAUUUGAACAACAUGCUGGGGAAGCUGUCUUUAUCCCUGCUGGAUGCCCUUUCCAAGUUAGGAAUCUUCAGUCCACUGUUCAGUUAGGCCUUGACUUCUUAUUUCCUGAAAGUUUGGGGGAGGCUGCAAGAUUGGCUGAAGAAAUCCGCUGUCUUCCAAAUGACCAUGAAGCAAAACUUCAAAUUUUGGAGGUGGGAAAGAUAUCGUUAUAUGCAGCUAGUUCAGCUAUUAAAGACAUCCAAAAACUGGUGCUUGAUCCAAAGCUUGGUGCGGAGCUCGGAUUUGAGGAUCCUAAUUUAACCGCGGCAGUUUCUGAGAACCUUGAGAAGGUAAAGCAGAGGCAGAUAGCUUGCACAUAAACUUUUGUGCAAUAUUGUAAUCUAGAUAUAGGAAAUUAUAGCAAAACCUUGUUAUUAAAGUCAAUCAGUCGCCUAUUCCGGUGCCUAGAAGAAUUCUGAUCGAUAAAUGUAUUUAUAUAUA